AUGCGGCGCUGGGCCCUGGCCCUGGCGCUGGCGCUGGCGCUGGGCGGGCGCUGCCCCGCGGCCCCCAACGCCUCGGCCGGGCCCCCGCGCUGCCGCCGCCCCGCGCCCUGCGAGCGGCUCCGCUUCGGCGCCUGCCUGGGCUCCGCGCUGCCCUACGCCGCCACCUCCACGCUGCUGGCCAACGACUCCGCCUCGCAGGAGGAGGCGCACGGAAAGCUCCUGCUCUGGUCCGGCCUGCGCAACGCCCCGCGCUGCUGGGACGUCAUCCAGCCCCUGCUCUGCGCCGUCUACAUGCCCAAGUGCGAGGAUGGGCAGGUGGAGCUGCCCAGCCAGACCCUGUGCCAGGCCACCCGGGCGCCCUGCACCAUCGUGGAGCGCGAGCGGGGCUGGCCCGACUUCCUCAAGUGCACGACCGACCGCUUCCCCGAGGGCUGCCCGAACGAGGUGCAGAACAUCAAGUUCAACAGCUCGGGACAGUGCGAGGCGCCGCUGGUGCGCACGGACAACCCCAAGAGCUGGUACGAGGACGUGGAGGGCUGUGGCAUCCAGUGCCAGAACCCGCUGUUCACCGAGAAGGAGCACCGCGAGAUGCACACCUACAUCGCCGCCUUCAGCUCCGUCACCAUCUUCUGCACCUUCUUCACCCUGGCCACGUUUGUCGCCGACUGGAGGAACUCCAACCGCUACCCCGCCGUCAUCCUGUUCUACGUCAACGCCUGCUUCUUCGUGGGCAGCAUCGGCUGGCUGGCACAGUUCAUGGACGGCGCCCGCAACGAGAUCGUGUGCCGGGCCGACGGCACCAUGCGGCUAGGGGAGCCCACGUCCAACGAGACGCUUUCCUGCGUCAUCAUCUUCGUCAUCGUUUACUACUCGCUGAUGUCGGGAGUCAUCUGGUUCGUCAUGCUGACCUACGCCUGGCACACCUCCUUCAAGGCCCUGGGCACCACCUACCAGCCGCUGCUGGGCAAGACCUCCUACUUCCACCUCAUCACCUGGUCCAUCCCCUUUGUCCUCACCGUGGCCAUCCUGGCAGUGGCGCAGGUGGAUGGUGACUCUGUCAGUGGCAUCUGCUUCGUGGGCUACAAGAACUACCGCUACCGAGCCGGCUUCGUCCUGGCGCCCAUCGGGCUCGUCCUCAUUGUGGGGGGCUAUUUCCUCAUCCGGGGGGUCAUGACGCUCUUCUCCAUCAAGAGCAACCACCCCGGGCUGCUGAGCGAGAAGGCGGCCAGCAAGAUCAACGAGACCAUGCUGCGCCUGGGCAUCUUUGGCUUCUUGGCCUUUGGCUUCGUCUUCAUCACCUUUGGCUGCCACUUCUAUGACUUCUUCAACCAGGCGGAGUGGGAGCGCAGCUUUCGGGAAUACGUCCUGUGCGAGGCCAACGUGACCAUCGCCACGCAGACCAACAAGCCCAUCCCAGAUUGUGAGAUCAAGAACCGGCCGAGCCUGCUGGUGGAGAAGAUCAACCUCUUCGCCAUGUUCGGCACCGGUGUCUCCAUGAGCACCUGGGUCUGGACCAAGGCCACCCUGCUCAUCUGGAAGCGCACCUGGUGCAGGCUGACGGGGCAGAGCGACGACCAGCCCAAGAGGAUCAAGAAGAGCAAGAUGAUCGCCAAGGCCUUCUCCAAGCGCAAGGAGCUGCUGCGCGACCCGGGCCGGGAGCUGUCCUUCAGCAUGCACACCGUGUCACACGACGGUCCUGUGGCCGGUUUAGCCUUCGACAUCAACGAGCCGUCGGCUGAUGUGUCCUCAGCCUGGGCCCAGCACGUCACCAAGAUGGUGGCCAGGAGAGGGGCCAUCCUGCCCCAGGACGUCUCCGUGACGCCCGUGGCAACGCCUGUGCCACCGGAGGAGAGGGCCAACCUCUGGAUCGUGGAAGCCGACGUCUCCCCCGAGCUGCAGAAGCGCAGCGGCCGAAAGAAGAAGCGGAGGAAGAAGAAGAAGGAGGUGGACCCAGGCCCCGAGCGCUGCCUGGGGGGCUCCACGGCCCCCCUGGCCCCCAGCACCGUCCCUCGCCUGCCCCGCCUGCCCCCCCAGCCCUGCCUGGUGGCCUUUGCCCCCGAUGUCCUCCCGGGGCUCCCGGCCGGCCGGCCCGACGCCGCCUUCUCCGGGGUGCCGUGGGGUGGGCACCGCAGAGCCAACGUCUUCCACCUCGUCAGCAACCCCUUCUGCCCCGAGAGCGGGUCCCUGGAGGAGGAGAGCCCCGGGCCCAGCCCCGGGCACUGGCAGCACAACGGGGGUCCCCUCUGGGCCCCCAACCCCGGGGGGCCGAGGACUCAGGGCCGCCGGGCCGGGCUGGCCCCCAUCCACUCCCGGACCAACCUGGUGGACGCGGAGCUGCUGGACCCCGACUCGGACUUCUGAACCCACCGGGGUGUUGUGAGGGGAUGGGGACGCCUGGGGUGAGACCCCAAGGCUCGGCCAGCACUGGCAGCCUGUGAGGGGACACCAGAACACACCUCAUCCCACCAGGAUCCAUCCCGACAGCCCGGCACGGCCAAAUUGUCCCAUCAGAGCAGGCAUUUCUCCCUCCACCAGCCAGACUUGAUGCACACCCCAGCCCAGCAAGAAAGGUUUUGGGGUUCCCUCCGGCAUCACUGCAAGAAGAGAAACGGGCUGUCAGUGGAACAACCCCCCCCAGGUCCUGCAGGGAUUUAAGGACAACGGGGACACUCCCUUUGCAGGGGACCAGCGGGACCAGCGGCGGGCGAGCGUAGAUCAGGGUAGAUUUUGGGGUGCUUUGUCCCACAGCUCUGCCCCACCCACAGCUAGAGGUACGUAGAGCUCACAGACACUUGUGCCAAUAGGGAUUUUUGUGUUACAUUUCUUAUUUUUUGCUCUUUGUACGGGACGCCGGGCACGGCUCCGCUUGGGCGCUGCAGCCGGGAGCGGGGUGAGCCCAGUCACGGGGCGACAGCAGCGUCAUCCCUGGGGUGCACCCCUUUUUCUGGGCCCACCCCUCUUCCUUCAGGGGUCCCAAAGUGCCUUCCAGCUUCCCAGAGAGCUGAGCCAGACCCAAAGCAGAGAGGGUUGGUGGGAUGGGAGAUGGGAAGCGCCUUGGGGUGCACGGGCGCUCCCCGAGCCACGGUGCAAAAAAACUCCCCAAAAAAACUUUGAAACCUCGGGGUCACCAACCCCCUGAGCAAACUUUUUUACUAUUUUUUUAAGAAUCCCCCCCCCAAAUUACAGGGAACCUGGCUGAGCCCCGAGGCAGGAGGACUCCGGUCCCUGCUGGUGUUUGUAUCUGCCCGUUAUCCCUGUUCCUGUUUUUAUCAGAUCCCGGUAGGCUCCUGGUUUUCUCGCUAUCCCAGUGACCUCCACGGGUUCAUUUUUGCUGUGUAAAGGAAAACCCUCCUGUAUCAGUAUUAAAUUUACCAAGUUUUCAUUCCCAGUGGCUGCCUUGGGCUCUUUGAGGAGGGAUCAGUGCGGGAAAACAUCGGGGUGGGGGCUUGUCCUUUGUCCUAAAAAACCUCACACUACUUUAAAAAUUGCUAAAAGCUGCUUUAAGCUGCUUUAAAGUGCUUAAAACUGCUUUAAAGUGCCUUAAGAACUGCUUUAAAGUGCUCUGAACCCCCCGUUUCACCAGCACAAGGCAGGGGUGAGGGGCUGGAAAUGCCUGUGGGGGAGAUUUUUGGAGGCACUGGCCGGGCUCUGGCAGCAAAGUGGGAGCUCUGGGAGGGCCCUUUGCCAGCAGGUGGCACUACGGGCUUAAAUAUCCCCAAAAACCACUUUUGGGGGGCUGCUGGGUGCCUUGGUGGGGGUCCCACAAGGGCAUCUGAUCUUUCCCAUGGUGCUGGGUGGAUGGUGCUUUUUUGGGAUAAAUACUGCUUUGGCAAAAUAUCCCUUUUUGUUUCACUUGGGAAUGAUGCAGCCAAGUGCUGGGUUAUCCCAGAGCCCAGACCCUGAAAUUUGGGUGGAAUUGGUCAGUGAAAGUGGCAUUUUACUGUUGUUUUUUGGAGAGCAGGAUGGGCUCACUCUGCUCCAGAGUAAAGGCUGGGUUGUCCAGGGUGAAACAAAAAGUUUCUCUUUAUCUAUCUUUUAAUUUUUUGGCCUUUUUUUUCUCUUUAUAUAUACCUAUAUUUUAUUUUUGUGGGCUUUUUUUUUUGUCUCCUUUUAUGUAUUUCAUUUCCGUAGGUUUUCUAUUCCUAAGUGAUUUGCCAUUUUGAACCAAAAAGCUACAAUUCUUAAUUUUGGAAACAGCAGGAGAUGUCGUGACACUGCCACAUCCCCUCUGUUUUCCCUCCCCUAGAAAAAAAGCCACCUCAGUUUGGCACACAGGGACAAAGCAGUGAGUUUUUAAGGAAGGAGGGAGCAUUUAUCCUGGGAAACACCCCAUAUUCCUCACUAGAGGCUUGGAAGAUGGGAGCAGCGUGGAAAGACUGGGAGCAGUCACCAAACUUCACUAUUUAAAUAGUGAUGAUUUAAAUAAUGACGGUUAAAAGGGAUGAAACAUCACCCACCAUGGGACAAAUUCAGCCCAGUUCCUGAUUCCUGCUUUUCCCUGGGAGCACUGAGCACCCACACCCAAAAGCAGCUGGUGCUCGUGGUGGGGAUGCUGCUCAGGCUCAGGUUUUGCAGGAGAAUAAGGAUAAUUGGGAAUAAAAAUGAAGAACAAGGUGGUGGGGAGGUGCCUUUGCCUUCCCUUUCCCACCUUACUCCUGUCAGGGGACAGGGAUGGGGAGCACAGACACUGCCAUGGGUUUCCUGAGUGAAACCCCAUCCAGGGAACCACCCUUUGGAGCAGGGAAAGCCCUUGUGGUCACCCACAACGGGAUGUGGGACCAGGGAAGGGAUGGGAGCCCCCCGGGGUGGCCGAUCCAGGACAAGGCUGGAUCACGUUUCCCUGAAUUUUUCUGCAAGAGCAUCAUCUCCCUCCGGCUCCUUCAGCAUCAGUGAAGGUCCUGGCAAGUUUUAAGGAGCUGAGGGACAAAUCUCCUCCCUUGGGUGACCCAGGUGUCACCCACUGGCUGCCAAAAUCCAAUUAAUUUCCCUGGCUGUACCUCGAAUAUCCUUGGGGAAAAGCUCAAAUGCUCCCAUGGGAAGUGCAGGAGAUCAAACCACAGAGGGUCUCAGGUCUCCUCAGCACCCCCAGAGCUUUCACUGGGGCAAAGCAGGGAGAGUUCAAGAAAUCUGGAUGAUAUUCCCUGUGAAUGCACUUAGCCACUCAUCCCCAGGGACAAAGGCUGGCAUUGUCCAUCCGGCUGGUUGCCUUUGCCAUAAUUAAAUGAAGGAGAACUCUGGAUAGCCCAGGCUGGUCACAGGGAUGUUGCCAGGAGGAAUUGAUGGCUGCAGGAAAAUUGGACUGCUGGAAUCAGAUGGGCAAAUGCUGAAUCAUCUGAAAAUCAUCCAAAAUUCCUCUCAGUGGGACAGAGGGACAAUCAGAAGGGAGAACAUUAUAGGGUGGUAUUGAUUUCCAGUUUGGAAUUAUACAUCCUGGCAGGAUGGCAACCAUCUUUUGGCAUCCAGGAGGGUGCUGGUGUCUUAAAGAAUUGAAAAACUUCCAUAGAAAUCUCUUCCCUCUUUUCUUCGUGCCUGGAAGGCUCAGCUGUUGCAGUGGUGCUGGGAAAAGCUUCCCUGCAGCUGGGUCACUGUGGGGCUGGAGAGGAGCCGGUACCAUCCCAGUCAGCAGCAGCUUGGCUGCUUUGAACUGGGAGGAGGGAAGUGAAAAGGAUCCACAUGGAGCUGUCCUGCCCUCUGUCACACUCCUGGCUGCUGAUCCCAUAUUCCAGCACUGCUUUUAGGGCUGAACAUCACAGGAAUGGGCAAACCAGACUGUGGAAGUAAUGAGUCCUGCCUCUGGCAUUGCCACAUGAUGCCAACCAUUCCCCAUGGCAUGGUGUGGUUGGAUGGAGGAUUUCAGGGAAUGUGGCCAAUCAGGAGGUGAAUGGCUCAGCCACACUCGAUUUUGUGGCUGUGGUGGGGGAGAAAAACUUGGGUUUUCCUUCUUUGUUUAAGAUCAAAGCGUGGGUGUCCACACAGAGCACCUGGGAUUUCCUCCAUCCUUCCUCCCUGGUUGUCACCUGCCAGAGAAUCCCAGGAUCCCUGAGGUUGGAAAAGCCCUCCCAGCCCAUGGAUCCCC